CUUUUUCAUUACAGUGUGAACCAUUCUUGCUGAACGGUAAACACGAGCUUUGAAGAAGGGCGUCCAGAGAGGAGCUCUGAAGUCGCUUCGCUGUUUCCCAAAUCCUCUGCUCAAGUGUAUCGCCGCCUGGCUCUUAUCGACCAGUCACUUCUUUUCUUCCAGAGGCCAUAACUGCAAGUAUUGGCAUCAAUGGGUACGACAGGCAUGUUUAUGAUGGUGGGAGAAUGGUUUGCACGGUAUGUCGCGGGCAAGGUUAUGGACAAGAUGGGAGACAAGGCCCUCUCCUCUACUUCUGACAAUGACAACAUGCUGGUGGAUGUUAGGACCAUGCUGAAGAAAGUGGAGGACAGUCUUCCUCGCAUUUUAGCUGUGAUCCAUGCAGCCGAGGGGAAGCCUAUCAGGAGCCAAGUGCUGGUCAAUUGGCUAAGGGAACUCAAAGAUGCUGCUUAUGAGGCUGACGAUGCACUCGAUGAGUUCGAAUUCAGAGAACUUCAAGAGUCGCAAGACAGUAGCAAGGUGGCUGCAUUUGUGUCCUCAGCUCGUAGAUUUAUCAAGAAUUUAUUUGUCGCAGAUGAUGAACUUCAAAGGUUGAAGAAUCUUGUGGGGGAUAUCGAUGAAAUUUUUCUCGACAUCGACAGCAAGACGGCUGAAGUGGAUGAGUACAUAGCAAAGGGGAAAUCUGCAACUAGGGAGACCAGCUCAUUCAUGCGAGAGGAAGUGUUCGGGAGGGAUAAAGAGAGGGACAAGAUACUAGAUAUGCUGCUGCGUUUAGAUGAUGAACCUGAUUUUGGUAACAAGGGUGCUGGGAGUAGCAGCUAUCCUAGUCUUGGUGUUCUUCCGAUUGUAGGCAUCGGAGGAGUAGGCAAGACAGCUCUGGCACAACUUAUUUACAAUGAUGAAAGGGUCGCUAACCAUUUCAAGCGGAAGUGGGUUUAUGUCUCUGACGAUUUCAAGUUGAAGAGGAUUUUCAAAGAGCUGAUAUAUGACUCUCCAGGUGGAGUCUUUGAGGAGAACAUCAGUUCAGCUGCCAUGCUCAAGAAACUUAAGGAUGAAUUUAAGGAUAAAAGGUUCUUGAUUGUGCUGGAUGAUGUGUGGGAUGAAACGGGAACGACUUGGAAGGAACUCCGUAGUGCCUUAACAUUCGGGGCCAAAGGUAGCACAAUUUUGCUAACAACUCAGAGUCCAAAAGUAGCAGAGAUUAUGGGGACCAUGAACCCGAUCCACCUGGAGCCUCUAGAGGCGCAUGAUUUCAGGAGACUUUUCGAGCUUUGUGCAUUUGGCGAUGAGGAGCUCAAACCAGAUUUGAAAGCAAAGCUACAAUUAAUUGGUCAACAAAUAUUGCAAAAGCUACAUGGCUUGCCUUUAGCAGGGAAGGCACUGGGAAGUUUGCUAAGAACCAGAUUCGAUGAGAAAUUUUGGAACGCAGUCUUGGAAAGCGAAUGGUGGGAAGAAGAUUUUGCUGUGAGCAACAUCCUGCCAUCUUUGGGGUUGGGUUAUCAACACCUGAGCACAAACCUGAAACAAUGUUUUGCUUAUGCUUCUGUAUUUCCCAAGGCUUACGUCUUCCACAAGGAACGUUUAGUACAAAUGUGGAUUGCUCAAGGUUUUAUCCAAUCCAAAUCCCAGGGAAGAAUGAGUUUAGAGGAUAUUGGGAGCCAGAUUUUCGAUGAAUUAGCUGACAGGUACUUCUUUCUGAGUAAACAGGAUGGUGGAUAUAUGAUGCAUGACUUGAUCAGAGAAUUGGCUGUGUGUGUUUCACAGGAUGAAUGUUGUGUGGUCAACGAUGAUGAUCCUGUGGAAAUUCCACCAACCGUUCGCCACUUAUCUUUUACAGCUGCAAAACUUGAUGCGGUGAGACAAGUGCACAAAUUUAGGAAGGUAAGAACUAUUAUAUUUUUUCAUGAGUUUAAUCCUACAGAGUUUUAUGCGGUCUUAGAAGACAUCUUAGAAAACAUCAAGAGCCUGCGGGUGUUAGAUUUGUCAUAUGUUCACAUGGGAUUAAAGAGGUUACCAGAUGCAAUCUGCGAGCUAUCACAUCUUCGAUAUUUGGACAUUUCUCACACUAAGAUCAGACAGCUGCCUAAAUCGUUUUCUAGGCUGUGCCAUCUACAAGUGCUGAAUGUGAAGGGGUGCUUCUCUUUAUACAAGCUAACACAAGGAAUGGACAGACUGAUCAGGUUGCGAUACUUUUAUGCUGAAGCUGGAACAAUCUCACUAAUAAAUGGGAUUGGGAAACUGACCGACCUUCAGGAAUUAGAAAUUUUCCAGGUUGCAAGGAAGAGAGGGCACCAGAUAGGAGAGUUGAAGCAGUUGAGAAAUCUCAGAAGACGACUGUGCAUACGGAAUCUUGAGAAUGUGGAAAGCAAGGAGGAGGCCAUGGAGGCACAAUUGAAGGAUAAACAUCAGCUCGAUGAGGUGUCAAACAUCUGGACCGAGGAUAGGGAAGACCUCCGUGGAGACCUGGACAUGGAUAUACUUGAAGGCCUUGAACCACCAUGCGGUUUGAAACGGCUUGAGAUCAUGUUUUAUGGAGGUCUGAGGUGUCCAACUUGGUUGGUAACCAAUCAUCUCAUCAGCCUGGUAUCUGUUUAUUUAACUUCGUGUAAAAGGCUUGUCAGUCUCCCCCCUCUUGGGAAGCUUCCCUUUCUAAAAAAUCUUGAAUUCAAGGUGAUGCCUGCGCUAAAACUCAUUGGAGUUGAACUUUAUGAGAAUGCUGAUCCAGUCUUCCCGUCGUUGGAGUUUCUAAGAUUCGAGUUAUUGGAGGGAUGCGAGGAAUGGUCUGAAGCAGACAGUAGGCAGUUUUUACCUCGUCUUCGUGAACUCCACAUUUGUAAUUGCAUGAAGCUGAGAAAAGCACCUCUUCCUCACCUGCCUACUUCGUUUCUAAAAGUGCUAAGUUUAUUGAACAUUGGCGACCUUGGUAGUGAUCUAUCUGGAUGUCUCCUGUUGCUAACCUCUCUCGACAUUGUGGAUCUUCGUGAUUGCAAACAUAGAGCCUCAGUUUGUCUGUCUAACCUCAGCAAUCUCAAUGUUUUAUGGCUUAUUAAUUGCCCGGAGUUGAGAUUACCUGGUGGGAUUCGAUCCCUUCCCAAACUGAGAGAGCUAAAGAUCGAAGGAUGUCCUAACUUGUAUGAGCCGGGCUUACAGUGGGACCAACCAAGUGAUGAGCAGAACUUGAGAUCUCUCUCUUAUUUCAACACCGACGGAUGCGUUCUUGAUAAUAUGAGGCUCAUGUUUGGAAGAAUCCACGCUCUACGGAAACUGCGGUGUUGGAGUUGCAAGCAUCUUGCUUCCUUCACAGUCGAGCAGGAGGAGUGGCUUCAACAGUUACCCUCCCUGGAAGAACUUGAAUUCGCAUUUUGUGCAGAACUGCUGAGCCUUCCUGCUAAUUUGGCCAACAUUUCCUCCAUCAAGAAGUUGGAAAUCUUUUACUGUCCUGAAAUCAAGUCACUGCCCGAGAAUGGCCUGCCAUUGUUGCUGAAAGAAUUGAUUAUCUUGCAAUGCCCAUCACUGAGCGAGCGGUGCAGAAAGGAUGAGGGAGCUGACUGGCCAAAGAUUGCCCAUAUUCCUUACAUACGAACUGAUGAUCAGGAAAUCGAAUCUGUGGCAUCGCAGCAACAGGAACAGGAAUAGCAGUCCUCAGUUCUUUGGUCCAAUAAACGCAUCGAUGCACCGGGCAUGGAAGAACACAUCAUCUUUGGCUAUGUAUUUCUUGCAGAUGACCAGAGUCACUUGCGGUGGUACUGCUGCCGACCAAGUUUGUAUUGGAGAUGGAGCUGAACAUGAUGAUGAUGAUGAUGAUGAUGAUGAUGAUGAUGACAACUGGGGGAAUGAAUUGAAUUGUCAAAAAGUGUUUUAUGUGCUUUAGUUAUUCAAACUUCAUAUGAUAUGUAGUGUGGUACGAUCAA